AGAAUUAUAUAAUUUUUAUAGAAUAAAUGAAUGAUAGAUUUACUGAAAAGAUGGGUUUGUCGAAAACGCGUAUAUAUUUUGUUCAUUUUUUUAACUUUUGCUAUAACAGUUUAUCUUAACUGGUUCAUCAUGGGCAUUGGGCAUUUAUCAAUGGUAAAUCAAAGAGAUCUAAGCUAUUCUAUGCAAUUAAUACAAAAUACAAGUUACCAACCUGUUUGUCUUGGACUUCAUCCUGAUGAUCCUUUAUGUCAUCGUCGUGAUAAGUUUUUAUGUGAUAACAAGACAUUACCAUAUAGCAUUGUGAAUGAUGAUUUCUGUGAUUGUGAAGAUGAAAGUGAUGAACCUGGCACUGAAGCAUGUGUAAAUGGAAAAUUUUUCUGCAAGAUAGAAGAGAAAUAUAUUCGUUCAUCUUUAGUCAACGACGGUAUAUGCGAUUGUUGUGAUGGCGAAGACGAGUGGAAGAGACUUAUACCUUUAGGGUUCUUAAAACCCGAUGAACCUCUUUUACGAUAUUCACCAUGCUCUUAUUAUUGUGGAACAUCUGGUUCUUGGUACAACAUUGCUUUUUAAGAAUUUUUACGAAGUAGUACAUCGAGUUUAAAUUGCAAGAUAAAUAUAAACGUAUAUGUUUAAACAAGUAUUUAUAUAUUUAUGCAAAUUACGUUUUCAAGAUUGAUUGGAUAAAGACUAGCAUGAUAAAUGUUAAUAGUAAGUCUUAACUAGAAACCAAAACUAAAUCA